AUGUUAGAUAUGGAAAGUAAACAGUAUACUCAUCCUUAUAUGAAUACCACCAUCAUGUCAAACACUGAUAAUAAAUCUAAGGUUGUGCUUAGUACAGCCACAAGUACCAGUAUGAGUACUACCCGUUCAUCAUCUUCAUCAAGUAAUUCAUCAUCUCAAUCUUCACAAUUUUGUGAAUUAUUAUUACCAACCCCUUCAACUCCAUUUUAUUAUUCAACUUCAUUACCUAAUAAUAUUCAUGAAUCUAAUAAAACAGAUUAUUUCUCCAUUAUAAAACCAAAAUUAUCAAUUCUGACUGUGGGAUCAAUUUCUUCAUCAUCAUCUCCAACUCAUUUACUUAAUCAAGAUCAAAUCCAAUUAAAUUCUCCUCCUUUGGAUUAUAAUAGUAGUAGUUCAAGUAAUAGUCCUAUGGCUGUUCAAGAAGAAGAUGAAGAAGAUCAAGAUGAUUUAGAAGAAGAUGAAAUCGAUGAAGAAACAACCUUUGAUGAUCAAAGUAUCUAUCUGGAUUCAAUCCUUUUAAACAAAAAGUUUUUUCAACAACAUCAACAUAUUCCUGCAUUUCAAUUACCAGUUGAACCUCAACAAAUCAUAUCUCCAGUUGAAGAAGAUGAUGAUGAUAAUGAAGGUCGUGAACAAGCAUUAUCAUCCAUGAAACAAAUCAAACCAAUUCAACCUCGUAUUAAUCAUAAUCCAUUUAAAUUCCUUAUUAUUGAUGAUAAUUUAAUUAAUAUUAAAAUCUUAGAAAAGAUUCUUCAUAGAUUAUAUCCAAACGCUACUAUAAAGAAAUUACAAGAUUCUACCAAGGCCAUGUCAUUCCUUAACAAUCAUUCAUUUGAUAUGUUAUUUCUUGAUAUUGAAAUGCCUCAAGUUUCUGGUAUUGAAAUAGCUUCACGUUUAAGAAGAACUCAUCAUCAACAUCAUCAUCAUAGUACGAAAGAUUUCAAAAAUAUGGGAAUCAUAGCGGUUACUACUCGUAGUUUACCAAUGGAUGUUAAAUUAUAUAAGGAUAUUGGAGUUGAUUUUACCUUUUCCAAACCUUUAGGAUUUAAUUAUGAUUAUUUCUCAAGUAAAAUCGAUGAAAUCAUUGAUGUUAGAGGUAGCAAUUAA